CGGCCUUGAAGGAGGAAAGGGAGGAGGCGGCGAAGGCUUUACUGGCUGAAGGUUUAAUAAUUCAUGGGGUGCGGGCACUUGCAUCAGACCAGGUUUCGGUCUGCAAACAAUUCGACUUGUGGUUACAAAGGUUCAGAUCUUAUCUCCUUUGUGGUGGUGCAAAUAAGUCCUCCCCAUCCACCCCCACCUUCCACUCCCCACCGCACUGUCUGUCCCUUACACAAGAUCUGCAAUAUCCUGGGAAGAGACUUGGACCAAGGAAAAGUCUUAAAAGAAUUCAUGUGUAUUUCAAGAAGUGGAAUGCGAAUGAAACUGCACGAUGUCUAAUGCAAACAGAACUGCAAGAAGUCAGCCCUCCAACAGACCGCAUCGGGAAAGAAGGCAUCAAGACCGAGCAAAUGGGGACAGAAAUCAUUCCAACCGGCACGCUGGAGAAGGCCACAGAGAGUCUCGCCAAAAUAAACCACAUCCUUCUAGGCAAUCGUACUCCUCCAAUGAAAGGCUUUCACAAGUUCCACCAGAUGAGUCCUACACCAGGCCAUCCACUGCAAGACCGCCGCCAUCUGAACACUUCAGGGACCCACCAAGUUCAAGCCCUCCUGAUUACAGCUCUGCCUCACAAUCCAACUAUCCCCCAAAAGAGUCUUCCGGGAGCAAGUGCUCAUAUUUGUGUACAAGGAGGGGUGUUUUGCAGUUUUCAGAACUUAUAACCAAUCUCAUGGUCCUGAUCUGCAUAGCCGCUUCCCAUGUAGCGAUAUCUGGAUACACAUCGAUGGGAGGACUCGGGGCUGGAGCUUUCAGCAUCGACUCGGCCUACAGUCCCUUCCAAGGCACAGAGCUGAAGCAGGUGCGGGAGCUCGACAUGCAGUACAGUCAGAUGAGAGCUCCAGGAGUAUAUGGAGGGGUCGCAUUCACCAUUGUUGUGGGCUCCCUCACGCUACUUUUCCUGGUGGGUGGUGCCAAACCUCCUCACCGCCUCUCCUUUAAACUGCUCACAGGGGAGGUGGUGUUUAAUGUGCUUGCCUGUAUCGGGUACAUCAUAGCUGUAGGACUCUAUCUGCAUCUGAUAAUUAAGGUGAAUGGCACAGAAAUAUGUAGAUUGAGGUACCGUUUGUAUGCUGGUCGCGGAUACACCUUUAUGAAUUGCGAUGUCCAGGGAGGGGAUGCUUCUGUGGCCUUGUUUGGUCUAAUUUCAGCGUGCUUGUAUUGUGGGAGUGCAGUGGUGAGUUUCUUGACACUGAGAAAAGUCAAGGCACUCAAGAGAGUUCUGUACUCAGAUGUUGAGAUCCAGCCAGACUUAAGUGGGGAUGAAUAUCGGCUCCCUGCUAGACGUUUGGAGGAGAAAAAAGUAGAGCGAUCCGUGGCGACGCUGGUGUAAAGCAGCCCCUCCAACAGAAUUUAUUUUUGUUAUUACAAUAUGCUAAAUAGUCCUAUUUUAAAUGAAUUUAUACAGUUGUGGUGGAAGCCGAUAAUCUGAGCGUGCGGUUUGUUUUAAAUAGCACAGCCACGUGUACAUUUUAUUCUUUUUUUAUAUGGCCGAAAUAAACAUAAUAGUGUCUACCAUUUAUGCUAAGAAAUUGCUUGGAAGACAUUGGCUUUAUGGCACAUUGAAAUUAUUAACAUUACACACAAACUACAAUGGUGCUUUGUUUUAACCAGUAAAAUGAAUCGGAAUACUGCAAUUGCUAAGUGCCCAGUGGAAUAUUUUUGAGAAUUCAGUUUAAUUUUACUCAGCUUUGUGCAGUGCAUUUAAAAAAAAAAUGUUGCUGCUGAUUCAUGGCAUAACUUUGCGAGUGAGCUAGUUUUCUAUUCAACUUUUUGAGAAUAUUAUUUGUAUUCAUAUUAAAUAACCAUAACAACAAUUAUUGUCUGAUCAGGAAAUCCUUUUUUUGUAAAAAUAUUCUGUAUAAUGAAAAAAACAUUUAUCAAUGUGAAAUCUGUGGAGCAGUUUCAUGUAGUUUGCAUGCAAAAUGAGGUAGGGUCUAAUUAAUAUUUUAGUUAAUUUUCAAAAUAACUGAUCGAAUGGAAUGUGUUUUUGCUUAAUGUUACUUUUCCUGUUAAGGAAGUCAAAAAUAAAGUAUCUUUAACAAUAAAA